GUUGUGACAGCGGCUGUGUUGACCCUGUAGGUGAAGCCGAUUACAACUUCAUACUCAAGUGGCAAGUUUGAUUUGACCUUGUGGCAAGACUGACACUAAGACUGAUGGAGGAGACACCUGCAUGCUGUGAUAGCCCCACGCCUCCGCCCGUAACGACACCGCCGGUACCGCCGCCACAGGAUCCCGGCGUGCUGAACAGCCUGGACUCCUCUCAGCUCAUGGAGGAGAUUGCCAACCUCUCCAAACAGCUACUGCAGGACGACAACAGAGACACCAUCGCACUGGCUAAUGGCAUUCUCAACCUCACGGGCAACUUCAUGGCGGUCAACGGGAGCGACUUGGCGAUAAUCGGGGACCUGAAUGUGACGUACAACGACAACGUGACUCAGAGGACCCUGCUGGCCAACACCACCUACUUCAGCAACGCUACCUCGAGGGGCGGCGGCGUCCAGUUCGAUGGAGAUGAUGGUUUCGGCAAUGAUGCGGCGUGGAUUCUUACUGCCACCUUCAUUAUCUUCACUAUGCAGUCCGGGUUCGGCUUGCUGGAGUCAGGGUGCGUGUCCAUGAAGAACGAGACGAACAUCAUGGUAAAGAACGUGGUGGACGUGGUUCUCGGGGGCUUCACCUACUGGCUCUUCGGGUAUGCCUUUUCUUUCGGCAAGUCAGAGUGGACGACUCCCUUUUGUGGUUGGGGAGACUUCGCUAUCAACCCAGACGAGGCAACCAUGGGGAAGGUCUACACCACCUUCUUCUUUCAGAUGUCCUUCGCCACCACCGCCACCACCAUUGUGUCUGGCGCCAUUGCUGAAAGGUUCAACUUCGUGGCGUACGUGAUCUUCUCGGCGGUAAACACAGUGGUCUACUGCAUCCCCGCCGGCUGGAUCUGGGCCGAGCAUGGCUUCCUGUUCCAGCUAGGCGUGGUGGACAUCGCUGGCUCCUGUGGCGUCCAUCUCUGCGGGGGCGCUUCUGCUCUAGUGGCCUCUAAGAUGGUGGGUCCCAGGAUCGGACGGUAUGACGACGGGGAAGCCUCGCUGCCCAUGGGAUCACCCACCAACGCCAUCCUGGGCAUGUUCAUGUUGUGGUGGGGCUGGCUCGGCUUCAACUGCGGCAGCACCUUCGGGAUUAACGGACACCUGUGGAAGUACGCAGCUCGCACGGCCGUCACCACCAUACAGUCGAGCAUCGGGGGCGGCCUGGCGGGGAUGAGCCUCUCCUGGUACAAGAAUCACCGUCUGGAAGUAGGAGACGUGGUAAACAGUGUGCUGGGGGCGCUGGUCUCUAUCACGGCCGGGUGCGCCCUCUUCACUUCCUGGGAGGCUCUCUUCAUUGGCCUCGUGGGCGGACUGAUAGCCGUGUUGGGGAUGCCGCUCUUAGAUAAGCUCCAUAUUGAUGACCCAGUUGGCGCGGUCUCUGUACACGGUCUCUGCGGCAUCUGGGCAAUGGUGUCUAUUGGGCUUUUCGUGCAGGCCGACUCUCUCCAGCAUAUGACUGGCGGGUAUUCGGGCCUCUUCAGGGGCGGAGGGUUCUAUCUGCUCGGUAUACAAUCCCUGGCCUGUCUAUGCAUCAUCACCUGGUCCACGUCUGUCACCUUCAUCAUUCUCUUCCUUAUCGACAAGUUCCUUAUGGGGAUCCGCAUGAGUGAAUGGGAGGAGCUGGUGGGAGCUGACUUCGCGGAGCACGGCAUCAGGCGGCGCAACGUUGGGGUGUCCAGAGCCGUGUCUGUAUUGGGUCUGCAGCACAACGGCUUCGACUACAGCGACAUCUUGCCCCAGGGAGACAAUCCAUGUCACGUGAAGGUGCUGAGUAACCUCGACAUGUUGAGUUCGCGCCGCGGCUCCACUCUGUCCAAGGCUGUGGAACAGGUGACGACUAAAAGUUUCAAGACGAGGCUACUGCCCUCAUUCCUCCUCAACGGGAAAUCCAAAGACUCCAAAAACCGCAAGGAAAGAAACGAAUUCUUUAACAACAACCAGGUUACGCCCCUUGAUAACUCUAACACUUACUCAGCAUGGCAGUGAGCGACGCAUUGCAAGUCCUUCAAAACUCGCUAACAUUACUCAUGUCUGCCACUGGCCCGGUGAUUGAGAUGGAAUAUUAUUAUUAUUAUUAUUAUUAUUAUUAUUAUUAUUAUUAUUAUUGUUAUUAUUAUUAUUAUUAUUUAAAUGACUAUUUACUAAUUUCGCUCCUAAUGUUGAAUUAUAUGUUUACAGUUUAUCCCACUGAUCAUGAAGUAAAUCAUAUCUAGCAAUCUAAUUUAUGGAAGUUCGAUAAAGUUUAUUUGAGUCUUCCUUCAUUUAUAGUUCAGGUUGUGGUGUUGUGUUAUAUUGUAAUGGAUCUUUCUAAAUCAAUGCAUAUAUUUUAUGCCACGAGUGAAGCGCGGUAUGGCAAGACAAGACAUACAUUUUGGCAGAUAAGAUUAGAAGAACGAAUGACUCAAAGGAAUACGGGUAGAAUGAAAAAGAAAGAGCAUAAAUCAAAAUUACACGAGGAAGUGCCGUUACAAAUGCAAAACCCCGACUGCCAUGGCAACGCAACAUUAAGUACAUCGCCCCCUCCCGCUCUUCAAGGCCCAUGGCGAAGGAAAGAGGGACGCACAAAUCAGUACUGUAGCUCAGGAUGAAGAAAGCAAUAUAUACAAGUUGUUUUAAUAGAAUAGCUCAUAAUUCUUUAAGUAAAGUGUUAUUAUUAUUACCGCAGAGUUCUAGACGUUGAUUUUACGAUUAGUUUUGAAUUUAUUGGUAAUAUUGGUUCUGUAGUAGUAAUAGACUUAUAUAAGACUAUACUGUAUUGUACAAUAUAGGUUGUGACACUUUUGUAGAUUUAUUAGUGAGAAUACAUAGUGUGUGUCGUGUCUAUGUGGAC